GCAAUGAGCGAGCCUCGGGAUCCGGCGGCGGCUGUGGCGGCUUCGCCCCAAGGCGGCUGCCGAUGUGCCGGGGGAGUUGGCCGGGCCCCCAGCGUCCUCUCGCUGCUCUUCUCGCUCCUGUCGGUGGGCGCCUGCUUCUUGCUCAGCGCCAGGACGUCCAAGCUCCAGGGCCGGCUGGUGGCCCUCGAGGGAGAACUGGCCAGCCGCGCUUGGAGUCCCGAAGACCAGCUCGACGCGGAGCCUUUGCUCGCCCUGCUGCAGCCUCAGGUGGACAAAGUUUUGCAGGAGAAACUGGGUGAAGGAUUAGCUAAACUACGCACAGCGCGAGAGGUUCCAUCUGAAUGCCGGUGCCCACCAGGUCCACCAGGAAGGCGAGGAAAGCCUGGGCGACGAGGAGAGCCAGGUGAGCCCUCCAUGCCUUGACGAGAUGGUUACCCGGGCCCGCUUGGUUUGGAUGGCAAGCCAGGGCCUCCAGGACCAAAAGGGGAUAAGGGUGAUCAAGGAGACAUUGGCCCACGGGGGGAUCAAGGUAAAGAUGGCGCUGCUGGCCCACCAGGUCCUCCUGGACAGCCAGGUGCAAGAGGGCCCCCUGGAGACACAGGAAAAGAUGGCCCAAGGGGACCCCAAGGCCUCCCUGGUGAAAAAGGAGAAACUGGAGACACAGGUAUCAAGGUCAGUAAACACUCCUUGAUAUUAAAUCUAGCCCUAAUGAAUUCAUUUUCAUGUACUAAGCAUGGGAUGAUUGCCUAGUCUAG